UCGAAAAACGCGUACUCUUGUUCGAGGACUUACAUGCAGGCAAUUUUUUUCUUCUUGAUAGCCUUUAACAACAGCUGUUCGAAUACAAAUGUGACCCUUGUUUCCUGUGGCUCUUACAACUCAACAAAAGACCACUGCCUGGAUCAGGGAUGCUGUUGGAAUUCAUCUUCAGCUGUUCAUGAGACACAGUGUUACAGAGUACUGAAAAAUAACCAGACCACUAGCAACGAAACCAACACUACAAACACUCCCAUUAGCACUGUUUUGUCCACAGAUGUAAAGACUACAGCCACAUCUUUGGCGACAUCAGCUGGGUAAGCCGACGUUUUAAAGAAACUGGUUUCUAUAUUUAAAAGACUCUUGACAUCUUUAGGGAGCGUAAUUGUAAGCGCUCGACCUCGAAGAACUUACGGAAAAAUAGCGGACAGUGAACAACCAAGAGAGUAGCCCGUUUAUCCCCUCUUGGAACAGUCUAAUAAGACGGGAACCUUCCUAAAAUGGACACCUAGAGUUGGUCGCCUCCGUUCUUCAGUGUUUUUCUUUGACUCUCUAUAAGAUAAACGCCUCCCUUAAAUGGGUACCUAGAGUAGUUCCCUGCCUUUCUUCAGUCAGUUUCUUCAACACUUGAAAAGAUAAACACGCCCUUAAAACGGACAUCUUUAGGGUAUGUCCCUGCUAUUUUCCACUCAUCUCGGUUGACAUUUAUUCUAAAGGGCAGACUUCCCUCUAACACUAACUCUAGGUGCUUGUCACAACGAUAUCUUUAAAAGGGGGGGCGUUUGGAAAGAUUUGACUUAAAGUGGAAAACCUUUGCGACACUUCUCCCUUAAUACAGUUUAGAUUGUAUGUGAGUUGUCUGUAACGUCUUUCUUGUCGCGAAAAAAUUUACCUACACGGCAUUGUGCAUUUGGCUCGCAAAAAAGUGGAAAUCGAGGCUGAGUUCAUCUUAUUUUUCAGUCCUUUAGGCACUUGUGAGGUGUACAGGGGUGAAGUCUGCGACCAGUGGUUAAACUUCACCAUGCUGGAAUACCGCUUGACUCCGCGAUUUCUUGACAUCAGGUUUGGAUUGAAUAGAACUGAACAAAUAAUCCUAGAGUUUAUGAAGGCGAUCGCUAGAAUAGACGGACAAGAUGAAUGCAAGCGACUUUUAAGAAUCCUCCUCUGCCAGUACUUUUUGCCUCCAUGUAAAGAUAACAACAUACCGUACAAUUACUGCAGAGAGGACUGUGAAGCCCUUUUUCAGCAAUGCAAUUCUGCUAUGAGGGAGAUGUUAGGCGCUGCUAAGUACAUUCUAAAGGCAUUAGGAUUGGAGUUCGCUCAUAUUGGUGUUCCCGAUUGCGCUAAACUUCGCUUUUCUGAUGAGUACGAAGCUAAGAAUGAUACGUGCAUUCACUGGGGAUUGUUUGGUAAGUGCAAAACUCCUUAACCCUUUAAGCCCCGAUAUCCACAUACAAAUUCUCCAAACUGAUCUCUAUACAUUUCCUUUAAGAAUUAGAGAAGGGAAUUUGAUGAAAGAUCAAAGUAUUUUCUCUUAGGUGAUCAUUUUAUUAAUUCUCAUAACCUCAUCUCAUGAUAAUGUAUGGAUAUCUUUAGGAGAAAAUUGCUGUUGCUCACUUUUGAGACUUAAAGGGUUCAUUGACUAAAAGCGGCUUACUAGCCUGAUAAGAUAGCCGACAUUUCGCGACGCCAUCACUACUGGCUUCCCCGCGAAAUGACGUCUGAAGAAUAAGCGCAAGAAUUUCAUAUUAACGACAUGUCAUUACCCAUCCCUGGGCUGUGCUUCUGUUUGGCUGAAAAUUUGUUUCUUCGGACUACUACUACUACUACUACUGCUACUACCACCACCACCACCACGACGACUACGACGACGACUACGACUACGACUACGUAACCGUAAAUACGGCUAGAUUGCCUCUUACCUGGAAGAAACGGGUAGGCUACCUGGUAGAAUCAAUGGUUACGCCAUUAUCACAUCUGGGAAAUAAUGGUUGCCCUUUAUAAAACUACGAGGUUAACAUGUUCGCUUUCCCAUACGUACCCGUAGGCUAUAACGGCGUAUCUUAAUUAAGGUCACUAAUAAUGAUGAUGAUGAUGGUGGUGAUAUGUGAUGGUGAUGAUGAUGAUGAUAAUAAUAAUAAUGAUAAUAAUAAUAAUAAUAAUAAUAAUAAUAAUAAUAAUAAUAAUAAAUAGAACAGACAAACAAAAUGAAAAUCAGUCGCCUUUCCUGGAAGAAACACUUCAAACCCUCGCGAAUUGCGUUCGACAGUGAUAGAUUUAUUUUUACCUUCCUGUAGUAUUCACGCCUUCCCCUCAUCCGUCAACAAACAAGUUGAAAACGUCUCUCUUCGCUGGAGCCGUAGCUGGGGCUGUCGUAUUUAUCAUCGUAGUUAUCACACUCUUCGUUUGUGAACGGCGCAGGCGCAACAAACCGCUGAAAGUGGCGAGAGGGUUCGAGGGCGUCACUUUUACAGCCGUGUCCAUGCGAGACAGAAUAAGAGCGGAAACCAUUCGCGCCCUGGACGAGAGCAAAGUCCUGAGUCUAUUUAACCCGGAUGAUAUGCGUCAAGUUCCUCUCAGCAGCGUAGAGUACAUCCGGGACCUUGGAUCCGGGAACUUUGGGUUGGUUUUCUUGGGUAAGUUUUGUAGCUUCCUUUCAAUUGGCCAUUUGCACCAUGACGUCAUUUUAUUACUACGACCAGAAUCGAUCCUUUAGAGUUUUUCUUUCUUGUGCAAAUUUAGGGCUUUUGAGAAUAACCAGAUUUAAAUAUAAAAGGAAAAACCAAAAGCAUUCUGGUCGUGGUCGUAAAGUGGUGCAAUCGCGCAAAUGGCCUUUUGGCAAAGCAAUCCAUAGUAGACCAGGUUGCAAAACGGUAGAUUUUUUUCUCAGAAACGUUUUUUCAAUUAAGGUGCGAAGUGCCAGCGUCCGUUUUCGGCCUCGUUCCAGACCUUUUGUUUGAUUGUUCGCGGGUACUUGACAACGCAAACUGAAUACGGACUACUUUGCAGUCUAAUAGUAGCGUGUUACGAAAGGUUAGAAAAAGUAGGAAAAACUAUUGCGCAUGUAAGUAUAGUUUAUAUUCUUACUACAGUAAAAACCCGCGUAUAAGAACCUAGUGAUUUAAGAACCUACAGGCUGAAAUUUGGCAUUUUAAUACCCAAAUAUAUAAGAACCUAUUCAGCCUGACAAAGAAAAAUAAUUAAGUUCCUAUAUAAAAAAAUACUCCAGAUUUGAUGUUCAAAUUCUGGAUUUUAAUUGUGAAAAUUUUUGCAGUGUACUGCUUUUUAGUCUGACCAAUAAAAUAUUAUUCAUUCCAUAAAACUUUUCUAUAGUUACAAAUACAUUUUUGUAAAUGCUUUACAAUUAUAGCAUAUUAGUACUAUUGCAGUUCCCCGAAUGCUAUCACUAUAGUAACUUUUGCAAAUAAGAACCUACUCACAACCUAAUCAGACUGUUAUUGGAAAAAAUGCCCCAAAAUAUAAGAACCUGUUCAGCCUGAACUCCAAAAUUCUAGGUUCUUAUACGCGGGUUUUUACUGUAUCUGUCACAAGAUAGUAGCUCCAGGAAGUAAGUUUAAGCAAAAGCUCUCCUUUGAAAUGUAAGACUUAGCAAAGCUAGGAGCGGAGAAAAAACUGAAAUCACACAUGAAAAGUCUCUGGUAUCCAGAACCCAAAAAGGGGUGGGUUCUGUCGGAUUUUCCCUUACCUGCUCCACAGACAAACAAGUAAAAAAUAGAAAUAAAAAUAAAAUGAAUAAAUAAAUAAUGAUGAUGAUGAUGAUGAUGAUGAUGAUGAUGAUGAUGAUUAGAAGAAGUCUCAUGCAAAUUUUUAUUUGGCUUCUAGGAAGAGCAUAUGGUCUAGUCCAUGGCAAGGAAGAUGCCGAGUUAUUGGUUGCCGUCAAAACUCUCAAAGAAGGCAGCUCUACUGAAACAAAAGAAGACUUUUUCAAGGAAGUCGCAUUGAUGUCUCUUCUUCAUCAUGACAACAUUGUGGAGCUAUUAGCUGUCUCGACAGAAGAGGAACCUUAUGGAAUGAUAUUCGAGUUCAUGGAACAUGGAGACCUUAAUCAAUACCUAAGAAAGGCUGGGCCCUUUUUUGAGGGAGAGGAAAAGGAAAAAGGUAUGAUAUUCCUAACGAAAAGAAAAAUAGGUUUUGUCGGGAGCUUAUAACCCAGAGUGAGCAACUUCCAUAUUAUCGUGUGACGGAGUUUUCAUCGACCAGUUUAUUUUUAGAACGAUUUUGGCGUUUAUUUACAAUAUCUUUUAAAACUUACAAACAACUCAGCCUUCCACGCGGGCUUUUUUAAGGGAGGUCGUAUUUCGAAAAUAUGAGCUCCCCUAAAAAAGCCUGCGUUGGAGACUACAAACGAGUCAGCAAAACCUAAAGACCUAAAAAUGGUAUUAUUGAACUUUUAAUUACGUUUUGUUUUCUUUUUUGAACUUCCAUUUUCGCAAGAAAAAGGGCUUCAAAAAACCGAUCAGUAAAAUCACCGUCACCGGGGGGGUGCUGGUAUGUGAGUUAGAAGAUAAUAUCCUCCUCAAUUUGCAUAAAUCUUCACAUCCUACGAAAGCCGAAUUCAAUAAUUGUUUUAUCAUUCAUUCAAAAUAUUUUGAAGUUCUAACAAGCUUACCCCCUCGUAAACUGUUUUCAAAACUUUGGCCUAUUUCUCGAGUAAGCUUUCGGGAUUCCUGUCAGAUACUCUCAAAAAAUAGUUAUCACCCGUUGAGCGAUCUGUUUUGCGUAUUUUUGCAUUUCUUCCGUUCAGUUUUAGUUAAAAAUUGAGCAAUUUCUUUCUCGGAUAGCCGUGAAGGCCAUUUUCUUUUCUAACCCGCUCAUAAACAGCUAGACCGAGCCUGAUCGAUACCAUAUUUGGAAGAUAAGAGCAAUACCGGUAUACUAUCGAAUUGCAUGAUGGUAUAUUUCUCCAUAUCCAUACCAACCAUGAUAUAUUUCUCCAUAUCAUCUUCCGAAUAUGGUAAACACCAGUUGUUAAGCUUUGAGCCAAUCAGAGACGGCGAAAUAUUUUGAAUGAAUGAUAAUAUAUAUUAUAGUUAUUUAUAAUUAGUUAAUUAAUUCAAUUAAUACAGAUAUGCCCACCGUUUUUCCAGGCUUUUUUAAACACGCGUAUUAAUUUCCUUCACAGUCAUUUUAACUCAAGAAGACUUGCUGUCAAUCUCUCUUCAAUGCGCGUCUGGUAUGGAACAUCUCCAAACUCUGAGGUUUGUCCACAGAGAUGUCGCUACACGAAACUGCCUCGUGGGUUCGGGCAUGAUCGUAAAGAUCUCCGACUUUGGAAUGUCAAGGGACAUCUAUGCUUCCGACUACUACAAGGUGAGUCGGUUUUCGUAGACUGACAGACUGCUUGAAAUCUCUCCAUGCCCAUUCUUCGGGCUCAGUUGUGUGAUAGUCUGCUUGAAAUCUCUUGUCAAUAGACUUUCUCCAUACCCGCCAUCCGCCUCUUUGCUCCCGCUUUAGGGUUAAUUGGAUAAAAGCAAUGUCAGGUGGUUUCUUAUGGGGUAAAUAUAUGAUAAAAGCUGCCAAAACGAAUUAUCGCGGUUGAGUUUGCUUAUUUCCUGAAAACUACACAACGAUUUUAGUCAGAUGGAGUUUCGAUACGUUUUACGACAACAGUGCUUACUGUGAGAACAUCUACAAUCGAUACUGUAUCUCAAAAAAGGAACAGUGAUGGCUUUCAUCCAUAGUUUGCCAUCGUCGAUUUUCUGCUGUCCAGAAUAAACAAACUCGAUCGCGAUUUCUUGUAUUAGCAGUUGCCCCCUGAGAAACCACAGGAAAUUGCUUUAAUCCUGUAUUUUUAAAAUCCCAUCAGUCUUUAAGCGCGUACAAAGAUGGCGGAUAUAUAUAUCAUGAUUAAGGUCUAUUAGUCGCAGUGGAAAGCCUUCAAGAAGAAACUAAUCAAGGUAACGGGCACAAGAAGGAAGUGCCUCGAAAGUCAGUUAAGACCCGUACACAAGAAUGUAGUACAUUUUUUUUUAUAAAUUAUCGUAACUAAAAAGAGCCAUAUGUACCUAACAUCUAUUCAAGUUGUUUUAUUACUCAAUUUUGUUACGGACAGAAGAUUUUUCAUUGAAACAUAAUCAUAACUUAUCCCUGAUAAAAUGACAUUCUCAACCCUUCACGUUUUUCCAAGAGCGAUUUUGAGAACUAAAAUUAACCGACUAUUUUACGGUCUUAAAUAUUAGGUAAUAAUGUAAUUUGAGGCUGCCUUAUAUUUUUUCAAAAUGUGAUCAUGGAAGAAAUAAUCCCAAAUAAAACAAAAAAGCUGGAAAAACAUUAUCCACCCCCGGUGGGACUCGAACCCACAACCUUCGAAUUAGAAGUCCGACACGCUAGUCCAUUGCGCCACGGGGGCGACACGAGCAUAUAACUUUGUAAUACAUCUAAAAUUUUAAUAAAAUUGGACAUUUUUUACUCUGGGGUAGCAAAAUAUUUACAGUUCUUUCAUCAAUAACGUGCUAUGUACCUGCUUACUUAGUAUAAAGUACCAAUUUGUUUAUAUAAUUAGUGUCCAGUUCAGUUCAAUUAACUGCUAAAACGAUCGCAGAAAAAAAUAUUUUUUUAGCUAAUUAAACGCAGCAAAAGCUUAACAAACGAUACUUAAAUAUAUAUAUAUCUUUUACACGCUCUCAUCUUUUUUAUGAGCUCUGAAACCUUCGCUCACCCUGAAAAAUUUUCGUCACUCUUUAUCUUCUAUAUUUCUCAAUCGUUCUCAUAUCCCUCGCGCACUCUCAUAUCUCUGACGAAAACGUAUAGAUUGUAUUGAUUGUAUUGCUCUGAAGUUUGGGGAAUCUAUGAUAAAAGUGAUUAUAGCCGCUGGGAUAAAGACUUGAUUGAGAAAACGCAUAUACAUUUUUGUAAGAUGUGUUUAGGUUUAAACAAACGUUCACCGAAUGUUGCAUCGAGAAAUGAGCUUGGUAUAGAUUAUCUCUAAAUUUACAAAUAACAAUGAACAUUUUCAAAUUUUGGAUUCACCUUGAAAAUCAACCCCCUGACAGCAUCGCUAAACUCUGCUUAAACAUAUCGGAUAAAAUGGCCGAAGAAAAUAAAUCAGGUCUAAUAAAUAAAAUAAAUCUUUUGAGUACACAACUUAAUAUUCAUAAACAGUCAGUUAACUUUAAAAACCCUUCUACUUUCCUAUCCAAAGCUGAGAAUACUUUGUCAAAACAUCUGAAAAACCACCAGCUAAAUUUGAUAAGAACAAAUAAAAAACUAAAAUUCUACUCCAUCUUUAAAAAUGAAACAAAUCACUCUGAAUUCAUCAAUCAUAUCCGGAAUCCUGAACAUAGGCGUGUAGCUUCCAAAUUUAGGAUAGGAAAUCAUAAUUUAAAAAUAGAAACUGGAAGAUUUACAAUCCCCAAAACUCCUGAAGACCUUAGAAUCUGUGAUCAUUGCAGCCAAAAUUCGGUUGAAAAUGAACUGCACAUAUUAUUUCACUGUGAUCAAUACAAUGAUUUGAGAAAGACUCUUUUUAUUAAAAUCAACGACCGAAAUACAUUAUUUACACAUUACAAUAUCCAUGGUAAAGUCUGUUUUCUUUUUAACAAUACUGAUUCACAUAUCAGCAGGCUAUAGCUGCUAAUUUCAUCUUUCAAGCAUUUGAAAGACGAAAGAAACAUAGUUAAUUCUACUAUUCCAUCAUACCUGUAUUUCCUUAAACUUAGCUGUUUAUUAUUGUUAUUUUAAUCGGUAACACCUGUACAAAAUGGUAAUACUGAAUAAACUUGUUGUUGUUGUUGUUGUUGUUGUUGUAUUUCUCAAACUUUCUUAUAUUUCUGGUCACUCUCAUAUCUCUGAUGAGAACUUACUGGAUUUCUCAAGCGUCCUUACAUCUCUGCGCACUCUCAUAUCUCUGACGCGUCCUUACAUUUUUUAGCCUGAGAAAACAGCCAACAUUUGGUGGCGCUACCACUGGUUUCCCCGCCAAAUGACGUCGGAGAAACUGGCGCAGAAAUUCCAUACUGAUGACGCGUCACUACCCAGAUCAGGGUAGUGCUUCUGAUUGGUCGUGCCGUAUGGGAAAUUUGAUUCAACCAAUCAGAAGCGCUACUCAGGUCUGAGUAGUGAAGCGUCAUCAGUAUGGAAUUUCUGCGCUCGUUUCUCAGACGUCUUUUGGUGGGGAAACCAGUGGUAGCGUCGCAAAAUGUCGGCUGUUUUCUCAGGCUAUAUAUUUUUAAAGUGUUUUCAUCUCUCCCACACUCUCAUGUUUCUGACGCGUUCUCAUACUUCUCAAGCGUUUUCAUAUCUUUCACACGCUCUCACACAUCUCACAUCUCUCUUGCAUUCUCAUAACUCACUCGCGCUCUUAUAACCUCUCAUGCUCACACUUUGUCAUUUCCCACGCGCCAUUAUACGUUUCACUCUCUCACGCAUUUCUUACUCAUCCUCACACUUCUCACGCACUCUCAUAUUUCCCUCGCGCUCUUACAUCCGAUCACGCUUGUUUCUUGCGCCUCUCACGUGCUCAAAGUCAACGAUAUUGCCUGGAAAAAAUGCUAUCAACAGAGGUAACAUGCAUCACUGACCCAAAUAUCGUUACAAUGCAUUCAGGUUGAGGGACAAGCUGUUUUACCGAUCCGAUGGAUGCCCCCAGAGGCCUUGCUGCUGGGAAAGUUUACAGUGGAGUCGGACAUUUACUCAUUCGGCGUCCUCUUGUGGGAAAUCUACACCCUUGCAUUACAGCCGUAUUACGGAUAUACAAAUGAAGAAGUUGUGGAAUUCAUUAAAAAGGUUGGUGGGAGCUUUUGAUUCGGAGCUAACCUCACUUGACCGAGUUGGAGGAAAAUUUUGGCCGUGGACCCGCCAGCGAGCAACCCAUUCUUUUCGAGCUCUGUGGGCUCUGCUGCCAAAUUUGUUUUCGAACUCACAAGUGAACCUGCUCGCAAGCCACCUUUUAGGGGCAAGAUGGAGAGGGGUGGUACGAUUUGGUCUUUUCUUUUGAUAAUAGCCUAUCCUGGGAGUACUCGCCUCAAAGAUUGAAUCAUAUUGUUUGUUUUCCACUUCAACAGCAGACGUGAUGUUUUCCUUCCUUUAAAUAGUGUUUUGUGGUGAUGUAUGCUCUCUUAAUUGUCCGUCUUCCCCCCAUACUUCCAGGCUCGGUCCCCAGCCCGGUUCUUGAUGCGACCCCGGUACUCCCCACUUGACGCUGGUCGGAUGGAGAGUACCGCGCGCGCAUAGGGACUCCCAAGGCCUGAGACUGAGCUUACCUUGCUUUCAGUUGGUAUAUGAGGAUCAUUCAUGGCGUAAAACAUCAUUUAAGGUGGCUUCAUCAUUAAUACUGGAGCAGUUAGUUGCGACAAAUUUUCCGUCAUCACUUUUUCGUUUUUAACGCGAUGGCUAUGAAACUUUGCAAAUAACCACGGAAGUCAUUAGGUAAUAAUGUGAAAUAUUCCCAUUUCAUUAAGAAACGUUCCAGAUAAGAACGAUAGCAACAACGGCAACGAACAUGGUGGAAUGCAAAAAAAGGUGCUAACUUUUCUAUUGUCUGUUACUUACUUCUGAUUGGCUUAAACAGCAAAAGUUAACAAAACUUCAUAAAGCGGUACAUAUAUUCAUCCUUACUUUGAAACCAUCUUCCAUAUAACAAAAUCUGGUCUCAGUUUGAGUAACAAAGAAAUCCUAUGUGGGGAACAUGUAAAAUUGUAAACUUUUCUUGGCUAUUGUUUUAAACUCUUGUGAUUGGUCAAAUCUUUUAACACAAAAAAACACCCUUUCACAGUGGAGUGUAAAUGCAUUUUAUUGCGUAAACGGCCUUCAUGUAGGUUUAUGCAUUCUCUGUGUAAAAAUGAGAACAUUCCCAUGUGUAGAAAACACUGUUGCCGUGUAACAAAAGAAAUUGCUUUCCACCUUACCCGGUCAUUACUUAAUGGUAAAUAUUUCUUGAGAAAUUAGCGCUUAAAAGGACUCUACUGUUCAAAGAAAAUCGCGUCUAGUAAAAAAAUUUGCUGAUAUUUUUUACUGACAUUUCUGGUAUCGGCUUUUAUUGAUAUAAUAAAUAUGCCGGAGAAAUUUCAGAAAAUCGUUGGAGCAGUAGUCCGUAACUAAAAGUCGCUCCAAAAUCAGCUGUGAAAUUGUUUUGGAAUUUCAAAAAUAAAUUAAUAUCAGGUAGAAGGAGACACCAGUUUGAAUUUUCGGGACAAGUAAAUUCAGUGUUUGCUAAUUCUUAAAACAAAAGGCGAUUGCCUAUCGUGCCAUUCUUUAAAAAGCACUUUUUAGUUUUAGAAGCACUAUAAAUUGCUCCAAACCUUGCUCUGACGUCGAAUGACUUGUUCCUUGACAUUUUUAAAAUAUCUCUCGGCAGUUUUGGUUCAAACUCUUGCUACAUACAUUUUGAUGUAUUGCUAUUCAUCCUCAACGGCUUUUCCUGCUGUACUUGCUUCCAAUUUAGGAAAAAGGUACUGGGAUUAUAAGCUACCUCGUAUUGAAACUCAGAUAGAACUGUCCAGCACCUUAAAUAGUUUAUGACCAGAAAAUGAGCACGAGCGGCAGCUCUGGGAGGAAUUCGCACCUUAGCUAGUAUAGGGGGGACGAAUGACAGUGAUGCUCAUGUCUGCGAACCGAUCUGUAUAAACAUGUAUUGCAGAGCAAAACAUAAUAAUCAAGAAAAAACUACCCACUCAUUGAAGGAAGGAGUGACAAAAAUUUCAGAGUUUUAAAUUUAUUCAUGGGUAGUAUUUUUGCGAUAAUUUUAUUUUGCACUGUGAUGUAAUUCGGUUCACAGGCAUGGGCAUCAUUGUCAUUGGUCCCCCCUGGGUGAGGAGCGAGUUCUUCGCAGAACUGCCACUCGUGCUCAUUUUGUAGUCAUAAACAGAGGUGCUGGACAGUUCUAUCUGAGCUCUGAUACGAAGUAGCGUCCAAUCUCAAUACCUUUUUCCUGAGUUGGAAGCAACGAACAGCAGCCGUUUUUUCAAAAAUGUAACGAAUUUUACAGUCAUUUGAGUGAAAAGGCGUCCAAAGGUAGGUUCGGUUGAUCUUGUUGGGCCCGAGCUGAUACAGCUGAUAUUAGCUUCAAAAUCACACCAAGGAAGGAAAAGAAAGAGCGGAGAGGAAAAAAGGAGGAGGAGUGAAAAAAUAAAAGCAGCGGUUGAACUCGUAGUUUUUGUAAUGGCUACUAUGAUGGCUUCUUUUGGCCUAAAAAAUAAAAACUGUAGACAAAAUCAUUCGUUUGACCAGGGCCACGGUUUGGCUACAUCGAGUAUAUAUUAAAUCAGGUUUAGCGUUUUAAAUUUUACCGACAAUUCGCUAGUUAUAAGUAAUUAAUGAAAUGAAGGAAGUUACAAAAUAUAGAAUUGACCACAGAUGUUCAAACGAUCAUUUUUAUUGCAAGUGAUAAAGAGUUUGUCGAAAUAUGACGUCAUUAUAGAUUUAAGUAGUUACGAUUUAACGUGCGGUAUCAGCUUUGACUCCGUGGCGCAAUGGUAGCGCGUCUGACUCCAGAUCAGAAGGCUGCGUGUUCAAAUCACGUCGGGGUCAGUUGAAUUUUUCUUUUCCGUUUUUUUAAUCAUUCUCUAUAAUUAUUACAUCUGAAACUAAAACUUUCAUAACUGAUUUGUUAUUAUACAUUUUCAAUAGAGGGAAAAAAAAAUGAUAUUAUGCAACGUACAUUUUUAUAGAUAUUGCUCAUAUUGUGAUUUUUUACGAUGCAGAAACGCAACUUUAAUACCUGCCAACAAGAGAGGUAAAUAAAGACACGAGAAUUUUUUUCAUCUGUGUGGAUAAUCAAAAACAGCAAAAACGACGCGUGUAUGGAUGUAAAAUUCAUUUUUGAUCGAGCUGAAGCCGAUAAAAUGAGAAGAGACUGGGAAAGAGUUGAUCGAUCGAGGACAAAAGCGAGCGAAAUAAUAAUAAUAAAAAAAGGAAUGGAAAACACGAUUGUCUAUUUUAGUUGAGUCAAGUUUCUCAGCGCAUGUAGGAGCCUUAUAGCGUCUGGCUUACUUGUUGAUGUCAUGCAGCUUUCAGAACAACCUCUUUCGAAGGGACGAGUAGGAGAGAACCCUGGGAUCGAGGUUGCUUUCAGAAGCAAUGGUUCGGUUUUAUGAUUUCUUUCUUUCUUUUUUAUUCUGAAAAAAAGAAACCUUAAUCACGAAUAAUAUGGUGGAAUACGUACUGAGCAAAAUGUUGAGAAAAAAAAAAAAAAGGAAAAAAAGACUACACCCCUGGUGGGACUCGAACCCACAACCUUUGAAUUAGAAGUCCAAUGCGCUAGUCCAUUGCGCCACAGGGGCUGGUUGAGACUUCAAGUGGAAAAUUUAAAUCUAUAUUUCAAUAUUCCUUUAAUCUAGACCGUGAGUCCAUGCGCGGCGAUCGAUCCUUGCUACUCUCCUUAUCGUUAGGUCUAAAAGUAAUAAAUGUUGAUGGAGAUAUUUCGCAGAAUCCCACUCACCAUCUUAUGCCCGGCAAACAAAAUCGAUCAAAAUUUCCACUUUCCGCAGUUCGGCCAUCGGCAUCGAACGAAAUUUAUUGGAACCCCGAACGAAAUUGAACGAAAUCGAAUUAUAUGGAACAAAAUCGAAUGCUCAUGGGUUCGAUAUUUAGACAAACAAAAAAGUGAUAUUUUCAUGUUUAGAAAUGGAAAACCAGGGUAGAAAACUUAUCGGGGGGAGAGGAAACUGGAAACUAGCCCCCCCCUCCCCCAAAAAAUAUUCGCACAGGGUAAAUUAAAUGGAAAAAAAAGUCAUGCACGCCAAUUAACCCUAAAAAAUAUUUGUUUUAAAUCGCCUAAAAAAAUUGAUACAAGGAAAAUGUUGGCGCCAAAAAAUUCAUGCGGCUCGAAAAUUCCUCAUCCCCCCAUAACUUUUCUAAUGGUCCGCUCAUAACUAAGAAUACAGAGAGAAUAUGGACAUACUGUAAUAAGAGUAAGACUUACGACCGAGCCACUGAAUUUAAAAGCGAAGUCGCUUUAUGCUACUCUUAACUUUAUCGUGUUUAUUCCAUCUCGUUCAAUCCGGUCCGUUAAAUGUUGGCAAAUUUUUCCCGAGCUGGACUUGACAGAAUCGAAUUCUAAAAGAUUGCGUCGAAGUUCUUUUCUACGCGCUGCUCAGCACUAUCCGAACGCCGCUUGGAACAGGCUGAAGCUAAAAGGCCUGUAUAUUGUUUUGUUUUGCCGUCCUCGGCAGGGGUUCUAGUUCCGCCGUCACCGUCGUCGUAGCAAGGUUUCCUGAAGCAACAAUCAGCAAACUAGACUACAAGUAGUCCCCCAUUUUUCCUCAGAGAUAGUAGAGCGAGCGAAACGCGAGCGCGCGUGAGAAUCACUUUCUCUCUCCCCGCCGCGUGUCGCCUUUUCUCGCGUGGGAUGAUUUUCACGCGCGCUCGCGUUUCGCUCGCUCUACUAUCCCUGAGGACAAAUGGGGGACUAUUCGUAAUCUAUCAGAAAACUGCUGACUAGAAUUUCUUUGUUCCUUCAGGGUGUGCACCUCGGACAGCCGGAUGAUUGUCCCGAUCACGUGUAUCAAGUAAUGAAGAACUGCUGGUACAGAGAUGCGUCACAGAGACCAAACUUUACUCUGAUCAUAGCUCAGUUAAAACAGGAAGAUACCACCCAAUAUGAAGAGUCGUCGUCACCAGAGUCACCCAUCCAUGACAAGCAGCCCCUGUACCAGAAUAUUGGGGUCUCCCCGGAUUUGUCAAAGAGUGAGUUACGGUAAAUCCUCUAUUAAGCCCGCCGGAGGAGUUGGGGGGCCAUUCAAGUUUGAGUGGGGGAGGGGGUCUAGGCUCGUUUUCUGCCGUCUGCCUGGUCCUGUCUUUAUCAUGAGUGCGGGCUCAUUUUUCCAAACAGCGGCUGGUAAUCGGGGCCCUUGAUAGAGAGAGCUGCUUAUUUAUUUAUUUGAUUGAUUGAUUGAUUGAUUUAGCGAAGAUGAUGGUAGACUGCAAAACAGUCCGUAUUUUUGCGUAUUCAAGUACGCGCGAGAAGUCAAACAAAAGGUCUGCAACAAAGCUGAAAACAAAGAGCGAGGGGCGUGUGAGGCUCGCGCGCUUCGCGCGCGUAUGAUUCUUACGCCACGUUACUGAUUUUGAGAAAAAACCGACUGUUUUGCAGUCUACGAUGAUGGUAUCAGUUCUCGAUAAGAACUAUAAAGCAUUAUUUUAAAGCUCAAGCACAAAUAUAAAGUAGAGGUCAUACAGCCGAAGAUUAAAAAUCAGUAACAAAUCUGAAAUUCCAACAACGUGAAGAAAGCAGACCGGAUGAGUCCACAUGAAGUGUUACAGGAAGGUGAAGGAGCACCCUUAAAAGAGAGGGGACUUAUUAAUUUUCUGCCUCUAAAAAGGGGAAGGCUUAUAUGAGAGGGGCUGAAAUAGAUGAUUUAUAGCCUGCGAAAACAGUCGUUACUCCUCGCUCCUAACCGCUCGGGUCGUUCUACCAGGCGAAACGUACCAACUGCAACGAGGAGUUUGGGGAGAGGGUUAUUUUUCGCAGGUUAGAUGAUUUAAGGUAUAAAAUGUAUAUAGCUGGUUGAGUGGGCCGGAGGUGGUCCGUGAUCUAAGGUCCUAACUUUAGGCCUAACUCUCUCUUUUCUUUCUAGAGGAAAUCCCCGAGUCGAAGCAACCUUUUGGCAGAAAGAUUUCUCAGCAAGCACAAAGUAAUCCCAAGGGUGUGACGCUUUCAACCCCUAGUUAUAUGAAUGUUAACCCCGGUUACCAUGGUUUCGAAGAUGAUGAUAUGGCUGAAGAUUAA